AGCGCCGAGACUUUGGCACGGCUCCCGGCAAGCAUCUGAGCCAUUGGUUUUCCAUGUUCACAGAGUGAUUGCUUAUGCGUGCGUAUGAGUCGCAGGACAAUAAAAGGCUCGAGUCGCGUCGUUCCGAAAACAAAACUGACACUUCCUCGCGACCUGGAACCCAAGCUCUCUUUCUCGUCGCCGUUCCUCCAGGCAAGACUGGGAACGUGAAGAGAGGUAUGGAAUAAUCGACAUUUCCCUACCAUCAAAAUCGUUCCUUUGUUUUGACUUUCCUACUCGCCCUCUGAUGCAUCACGACAUGACCCGGUUCAGCCAUCUUUCAGCCCAGCGUCGUCCAGGACCAACCGCGUCGGGCAUAUGACGUGCUCAAACCAGCCCAUGUGUACAGACGUGUAUGUAUGAGGCUUCCAUGUCUCUGCUCGACGAUGUCCUCACAACUCAAACCCAUCGCACCUUCAAUGAUCUUUGGGCUGUGAUCACGCAAUCCAGAAGGGUUCUCACCACAUCUGCCGAGACCGUCUGCUGUAAAAUGGGGGCGGUUUUGGGGAAGGAGGGCACUCGUCAGAAGGCCCUCAAUCCGUUCCAAGUCUUGCUCAUGUCGACAAGCUCCGAACAGACACUUUACGUACCCAUUCACGGCAUGAUCCUUGGUGCGAGACCGACAGGCACCUUACUCGUCGUCGAGGUCGUCUACCCUUACCCACCAGCCGAUUUGUCAGAAAUCUGGGGCGUCUCGGCCGCCUCUGCCGAACGCUAUACCAGUACAUGGUGUACAGGGGACAGCCGUAUGGGCUCCGCCCUGGCUGCCCCUCCACCCUUCUUCCCCAAAUCCCCUCACCCACUCCAGUCAGUGGUUCUUCGUCGUUCUGUCCCAGGCUACCCCUCCACAACUACGCUGCCUCUGAGAGCAAUUUUACCUAGGUACCUUACCUCAUUCAUAGGUACCCGGGAACCAGAGACCCGCCCCUUUAGGACUACCUUUAAAGUACUUACUCCGUACUUGACCUGCUAACCUCCACAGACAGCAUCUCAACGGCCUAAGUGCUUGAGCAAGGGGCUCUUCUCUGCUCUGUCGUGAUCUCUUCCUAGAGACUUGUAUCCGUGUCUUCGCUACCUAUCACGACAGCCCGAGCAUUCCCUGCUUCAUUCAUAUCAUCACAUAGCAUUGAUUCACUUUUAUUUCAACUCGAGACAAUGGGCAGCGCCGAGAAUGUGCUCACA